AUAGAAAGCUUUGAACAGCGUGUUGAGUGCCAAUGUUGCAGGGCAAUAGUCUCAUAUGUGAUCUAUCAGAUACCAAAAAUGCAGUUCAAGAAGAAAGCAUAGUCCUGAACACGCCCUCUAGUCUAAUACUGAGCGACCUGGCAGACAGGGACGAUACAUUAUUAAAUUUUCAAGAAAGUGGGUACAAUACCCAGAAUGACAAACUUCAAGAAAAACCGGGCGGUCCCUACCCGGAUGCGAAAUCCGGCCCUAGCUCGGGUGUUGUCAGGAGUGAGCCUGGGUUGAAUGUAGAUUCUGUGCCGAAAACAAUCGAACAGGAUAGACGGCGGAGGUUAGAACACAAACAUGUAGAUGUCGUUAAUUAUUUUCCGAUGAAGUCAGAGACGGAGAAGCGAGAUGAUGCAAGUUUGUUGGCAGUCGAUUUGAGUCGGAGGAGUCUUACAUGUAUAGGUAGCAUUCUUGGGAUGAGAUCACUUCAAGUUCUUGACUUGUCUAAUAACUUCCUCAGAGAGAUAGAUGAGAUAGGCGCAUUGAAGUCUCUGGUGAGUUUGAACGUGUCUUACAAUUUGCUUGAGGAGGUUCCGAGUUCGGUGGCCUCUUUGAGUCGAUUGGAAGUGCUGAUAUUGGAGGGCAACAAAAUUUCUGACCUGGAGCGACUGACGGCAAGGUUGAGUGCGUUGAGCAGCUUGAGGCGGUUGAAUGUGAGCAAAAAUGACGUGGCGAAGAGAGAGGGGUAUCGCGAGCUUGUGAUUCGUUGGUUACCAAUGCUCACGGACUUGGAUGACAAAAGGGUGACAGUGGAAGAGGGAUUAGGGGUUUUGCACGUUGCGCAAGGGACGAUGAAGAAAAGUACGCCCGAUAGUGGUGCCAUGAAGAGGGGGAUGCAUCGGUUUUUUGCUGGCAACACGACCGAGCCGAGGAGGAGAAGGCCUGAGUACUGGGCGAUCGGUCAGGUCCGGCCGCAUCAGAGGGACGAAUAUUUUCGCAAUUUGGAGUCGGAGAACAGCGCGCUGAAGUUGGAGAACCAGUCUAUGAAGGAGUUGUUGAACAAAAAGAAUUUAGAGAUGGCGAAGGUUUGUGAUAUUUUUUAUGAGAUGAGGCAGGAAUUGGCGUUAUUGAACAUUGACAAGCAGUUUGACUUGGAUACGGCAGAUUUGGUAUUGAAGGGCUAUCGAGAUUCCGCUGGGGUCGCGGUUAGGAAAGAAGGCUGGGAGAAGGCCGAUUGGCGAGUGCCUAUGGAGAAUGAGUUGAGUUCUCCGACGGCCGUGGGUAGUUUUUGUGAGAGCCCCUAUAUUGGGACAAAGAUGAGAGGGAGGGGUUUGAAAGAGAGGAGAGAUACGGAGGUGGAUUUUUUGGCGAUGUCGAGGAUGCACAGGGCGGCUUUCAGGUACAAGAUGUUGUUGUUGCAGAUUCAACACUUGAAGUCUAAAAAGGCUCGAGUUGAGAAAUAUUUGGAGAUGCAGAGGUUCGAGCUGGAGAGGGUUUCAGAGAGCGUGAAAGAUACGAACUACGGGGCGUUGGUGGAGAAGAAGCGACGCGUCAAAAGGCUAGAGUUGAAGAUAAGGGAGUUGGAUAAUCGCUUGGUGUCGAUGAUCACGGAGCGAAGGGAGAGCAAGGCGACUAUCUCAGGCUUGGACCCAAGCAUGCUUGAAGAGUGCUUCGAGAUGGGCGAGAUGAUUAGGCAUUUGCAGUUCCUUUUGGAGGAGAAGGAGGAGCAAGUAGAGAUGUAUCAGAGAGAGUUGGAGGAGAGAGGCUUGUCGGUGGAGGAGUUGACUUGUGUUUGGGGGGGCGAAAAUGGCAAAGAUAAGUUGAAGAAGUCAUGGGAGGAUUUGAACAUAGGGAGAGAAGAGGCGUUGGACAGCGACACGGAGGAGGAUGAAUUGAGUGAGUCAGAAAGCAGCAGUUUUGAGGUCGAAUGUUCGAAGGAUCGGGUGAAGCAGUUGGAGGCUGAAAACGCGCUGUUGAGAGAGAUGGAUGCUAUGGACUUGACAUGCGAGAAGAGCAGUUGCAUAGCAAGGGGGAGCAAACAGUCUAAGGGAGAAUUUUUGUCAAAGAUACGAAAAUUGUACGGCUCAAAUGAAUUGGGUGAAGCGGCAGAUUCCAACUUGAUGCUAAGAAUGUUAAAAAAGAAGAAGAUUGAAUCGAUUGUUGGUUUACAGGUUGAGUUUUUGUUUCAAAUGCUUCUGUUUAGAAUGGGCACUCUUUUUGAACUAUACAAUAUGGGCUCCGCGGUUGCUGAUAGGGCCGAAUUUGAAGUGUCGGAGAAGGAAAAGAGGUCUCAGAAGACGAAGGUACAACACGUACAACUUUUUUUGUAUCGUAUGGUUGAUCGGCUUAAGAAGGUGAACGCGGCGUUUGGCGAGCUGAAAGCCGAAGCACCGCAUUCUGAAGGAAAUGGUAACGCGGGUAUCGACGGUUCCUCGAAAAUAUUUGAGUGGAUUCCUGGAAAAAUAAGCAAUCCUGUUGUCGAAGAGAGACGUGUUGAAUCGCGUCACGAGGACUCCCCUGAAUUAGAUGACGAAGGGAGCAAGCGCGCAGACGUGGUCAGACGUUCCAAGUUGUCAGCAAAAGAGUAUAAAUUGUCAUCUCCGAAAGCCAACAGUUCACAAGAGAAAAGGACUCCUCGAUCGCAAGCGUACUAUCGCAAAAUAUGUAUCGUUUCAUAAUUUUUUCCAACUGCCUGACACGAAUCAGUGAACACAAUCAAAAGCGUUCGCCAGCGAAUUUGUCAAAACGGGCUGUUUUGUGUCAUCUCAAAAAACGCGCAAUCCUGAAUUAAAAGAGGGGCGAGCUACCAGUUCCA